GAUACUGUCAAUAUAUCUAUUUAAAAAUUAAUUGUAAUACUCCAGCACUUUGUUUUUAUCACUUUUUUUUUAGAAAAUAGUUUAACAUUACCUAUAAUAUUUACCUGAUUUAAUAAUUUGAUGCAGAUCUUUCCUUAUCUUGUUUGUUGUAGAUGGCAGUUACACAUCUUUUCUUGAGUCUGGUUUGAGUGAAGUUUACAAUAAAUUAGGAAUCAAACAUGAUGAUGUCUUAUCUGAAAUAUCUGAUAUAGCAAGUCUAAAUUUCUCGAAUAACAUAGAUUUAGAAUGGAAGUACAUAUGUUUAGCAUUCUUCAUAAUAAAAGCAUUGGGAAAAGAAUCAGAAAAUGCAGAUGAUGUGUUUUUAAGCGUACAAGAAACAAGAGAUCUGAGGGGUUUUAUAAAUGAUGUGGUUAUUAUAGGAAUACAAACAAAACUGCAACCUACACUUCCUUUCCAUAUGCAGUCAAAGUAUUUCGUGUCAGAAGAUAUUUUUUGGAGUUACAACAUACUAAAAUGUACAACUUUUGGCUUGACAGAAUUUAUGAAAUUGCCAGUGUUAAGAUUAUGCAUUUUACCCGAGAAUUUGAAAGUUAUAUUAGCUGCCUUAUAUCAGAUCUCUUAUGGUCCUGUAAAAAAGCCUUCAGAUGAGUCCACAGCUUCAAUGACCAAAGAAAUUUAUGAGAAGCUUAUACACGAACAAAGAUUUUUCUUGCAGAUAUUGAAUCACUUAGAACAAUCUGUACAUCCUUCUAUUUUUAUCAGAGAGACUAUGGUGAUGUUUAACGCUAAAAUUCCUAGUUGGUUUAAAAAACACCUUUUCCAAAAUCUUACCAGUAUUCUUCGCUCCCAAAAGGGUGUCCAGACAGUAGCAUCAGCUCUGUUUGGAAAUUGUGAAAGCAAUACACAAAAUUGGAAAAUAUUAGAUGUGUUUUCUAAGCUAAUUUUGUAUUGUAUGAAGUUUCCUGACUUUAAGGAAAAUAUUUGUAAACAACUUAUCGAUCUACUUCACAAUCAAAGCUCCGAACAAACUAUCGCAGAGAAUAUCUUCACUCACUGUACCAAAAUUAUCUACACAAAGGAUACUGAGUUAUGUAAUGAUGUAUUUGUGAAGAAUAUUAUGACGCAUUUAAUAUGUUUUACCCAAAAAGCUGAACAAUGUUGUAAAGGAGAUAUAACAGAAACCAUCAAAUUGACUUCAAGGUUGUUAAAUGCUGUUUUUGUUGAAAGUAACGCACAAGAAAAUGUUCUGCCUUCAAGUCUUCUUACAAAAAUUGUAUCAGUAAUAUUUCGAUUCUUUGUAACAACUAUAGAUUCUUCUUUUAAAACUGUAAAUAAUGAUUUGGCUGAUAUUUUAUUAGUUUUUUUUGAAAGCAAUCAAGAAAAGAGUUUGGAUGUUUUAGACACAAUUUUAUUUAACUUGAAGUCCUCAGAAAUUUUGGAAUUUAGAGAUGAUGUCGAAUUUGAUGUACAAGCUAAUAGAAUUACCUUAAGGCAGAUGCAACAUUCAGUACAGUAUUCACCUUCCGAAAACUGUGAAGCAGUGUUAAAAUUGUAUAAACGCAAACCAAAACUACUGGUGUCAUUUUUUGGGUAUCUUCUUAAUUGUAUUUCCAACGAGAGCAAAUAUUUUCCAAAAAACAAUGAAGGGCUUAUACAAGUAGAAGAAGAUUUCACAACAUCUUAUAUUGAAAGGAAAAUUGUUGUAUAUAAGCUGGUUUCUGAACUAGCUGAUGAAAGAGACAUCCAAAAGCAGCUCAACGAGAAACCUGGUGUUAUUGUGGACUACAUAUACAAUGUUUUGAAUAGAACAUUGGAAUUGUCUACACAUACAAAGGAAGACUGUGAUUCUGAAGGUUUCCAAUCAGUAUUUACCAUUCUUAUGAUUCUCCAGAACCUUUUAGAGACUUCUGAUAGAGAUAGUCUUAUUCAUUAUGAUAUUUUAUUAGACCCUUUAAAGAAAAUUAAAGAAGAAUCUGAAAACAAAGAAACUAAAGAUAUAAUUCACAAAAUAUUAAAAAUUUUACAAGGAUAUGAUGUAAGUAAACGAAAGAACGUAGAAGAAAAAGAUAAAGCAGAAUUAGAUCAGAUUUUGGAAGAUGUGUGUGAUCCAUUACUUCCCACUAGGGGGCACGGAUUGAUUUGCUUAAGUAAAUUGAUAGAGAAGAAAGAUCCAGAUGUUAUGGAAAGAAAGCAAUACAUCCUUAAUCUUUUGCUGCAAAACUUAACCAACAAAGAUUCAUUUAUAUAUUUAUCCGCCAUAAACGGACUUGCAGCGAUGACCGAUGUAUUUCCGGAUACCAUAUUAAAAAUAUUGUGCGAUGAAUAUUCAGACUCUAACAGAAAAGACGUGGAGGAUAGUUCCGAAUCUAGGAUGAAGCUGGGAGAAGUUCUUGUUAAAGUCAGCAAGAUAUUAGGCGAUAUGGCUCCGAAAUACAAACCAAUCCUGUUAAAUACAUUCCUGACGGGCACGCGAGACGAAGACGAUUUGAUACGAGCAUCCAGUUUAUCGAAUCUUGGCGAAAUUUGCCAAAUACUGGGCUACAAACUGGGAUCAAUGUUCUCUGAGGUACUGUCAUGUGUACAUGCCGUUAUAUCGACCGAUAAAUCUCCACAGGCACGAAGGGCAGCCGUUACAGUCAUCAGACAACUCUUUGUAGGAUUGGAUCAAGAAAUAAUUUCGUUUUUCAAAGAGGAUAUCUUACCCGUUUACAGGACUUUAAAGCAGAUAUAUAGUUCGGAUAAAGACGAUGUGAUGAGAUUGCAAGCGCAACUGGCCUUGGAGCAGUUGAACGAGAGUAUGAAGAAUUUCGUGUUUCCAAACGCUCAGUUACACUCAGAGAAGAAAAUUGUGAUGUUAAGUUAGUUUUGUUUGUUGAUAAUAAAAGUUAUAUUGUUUUUAUGGUAA